AUGCUCGAGAUUUUGGUUGCCCAGGUCACCCCCGUCAAGGCAUCUGUCUGCCUCGCGGGGAUCUUCUUCCUCGCGUGUCUCCUGCGCAAAGUGCAAGUGUCUCGAGAGAUCUCUCGACUGGGUGCAAGGGCUCCUCGCAUCCGAUUCCGACUGCCAUACGCAAUCGACCACAUCUACCACUCUAUCGUGGCAAACAACAACUUCCAGGACGUCCCCUUCUGGCAGGGCUCGAUCGUAAACGCCAAAGGCGCAUCAUCGAUUGAUCAUCCCCAAACCGCCGAACUGGAUGCUGGCAUCUCCAACCGGACCAUCGUCACCACGGACCCCGAAAACAUCCGAGCCGUACUCACCGGCCAGUUUGCCGACUUUGGCAAAGGCGAGGACUUUCACCGCGACUGGAAGGAGUUCCUCGGCGAUAGUAUCUUUGUCACCGACGGCGAACUAUGGUCUCGCUCGCGACAACUCAUCCGGCCCAUGUUCACCCGGGACCGGAUCGUGGACACGGAACUCUUUGAGAAGCACAUCCAGCAUCUCCUUCCCCUGCUCGCAGGGACCAAAGACAAAAAGGCCGUCGAUGUGACGCCCUUAUUCCUCCGCUACACCCUCGAUGCAGCAACCGACUAUCUCCUGGGCGAGGGCACCAACAGCCUCCAGAACCCGGCCACUGCCUUCGCCGAAGCCUUUAAAUACGUGCAGCAUCGCCAGGGCGCCAUCUUCCGCUAUGGCUCCUUCAACUUCCUCCUCUCCCGGACCCAAUUCCGCCACAACCUCCAAAUCAUGAACGACUUCAUCCAACCCUACAUCGACCGAGUCCUCUCCCUCCCCACCUCCGACCUCCCCAAAGAGCCCUCCAAAUCCAAACCCAGCACCUUCCUGCACGCCCUCGCCCACUUCACCCGGGACCCCCAAAUCCUGCGGGACCAACUAACCGCCAUCCUCCUCGCCGGCCGGGACACCACGGCCACGACCCUCUCCUUCUGCCUCUACGAACUCGCCCGCCACCCCACCGUCGUCUCCCACCUCCGCACCGAAAUCGCCACCCAUCUCGGCCUCGGCCCCCACGCCCGCAAACCCACCUACCCCAACCUCAAAGACAUGAAAUAUCUCACCGCCAUCCUCCACGAAACCACCCGUCUCUACCCCGUUGUCCCCUUCAACGUCCGCUACGCCUUAGCCCCCACCACCCUCCCCACCGGCGGCGGCCCCACGGGCACAUCCCCCAUCGGCAUCCGUCCCCACACGAGAAUCAUCUACAGUACCAUGCUCAUGCAACGCGAUCCGGCAUUCUAUCCGCCCCCAGGGUCCGAGAAUUACUUCGAUCCUGGGAAGUGGAUCCCUGAGCGUUGGCUGAGUGGGUGGAGUCCUGCGCCGUGGCAUUUCGUGCCGUUUAAUGGGGGGCCGAGGAUUUGUUUGGGGCAGCAGUUUGCGUUGGUCGAGAUGGGGUAUACGCUUGUGAGGAUUUUGCAGGUUUAUGGGGGGGUGAGGGCGCUGCCGGGGAGGGGGAUGGAGGAUGUGCACGGGGAAGUGAGGUUGAGGUUUGAGAUUACGUUGAAUCCGGGGUGUGAGUUGAAUUGUGUUUUUGAGAGGGAUGCGGAUGGGGAUGGGGAUGGGGAUGAGAAGGAGCGGGGUUAG